CAGUUUACUAAACAUGUAUAUGCAUUUAAUCAUUUUUGAUGUCUUGAGAGUUUAAAUAUACAGUAUGAUGGUUUUGAUCAUCCAGAUGUCUCUUUUCAGGGACCUUCUCUUUCAGGGUUAUGAAGAAACUGUGCAGAGGCAAGCAUCUCUCUUACAGAAACAGCAGAAAAUAAUAGAAAAUCUUAAGGAGGAGCUGUCAUCUCAGCAGCAGACACUAGUCUCAGCUAGUAAACGUCAUCAAGGCAAGAUUGAGUCAUUGCUUCAGCAGAGUCAGUCUGUAACCUUGCAGGAAUUUUCUGAAGAAAUUCAGUUACUGAAACAAGAGCUAGAAACUGCACUGAAGGAGAAGGAGUUGAGUCAAGCGGAAAGUAGAAGGCAGGCAGUAGAAGUUCAACGUCUGCGUCAAGAAGUGGUGAUUUUACAGGCUGGUGCCAACACUGUUGAUGGUUCACCGCUUGGGCAGUCACAGGAGGAGUACUUAAGAGUUGUAAAAAUAUUAGAAGAGGAAACAGAGAGACUAAGAACUGAUGUGGGAAGAUUAGAGGAUGAGAAGCUGCAGAUACUGAAAUCUAAUAUUGAUUUAAAGAAAAAAGUAUCUUCUCUUGAUAUUUUCCUUGACCAAGAAAAGCAGAGGAAUAUUGCUUAUAGAUCAGCAGUGGAUGAUAAGGAGGAAGCUUUACAGGAGAUGAAGGAGUCUUUGACAGCGCUCAACUUAAGAUUCACGGAGCAGAGUGAAGACCUCCAGACUAUCCUGGCUCAAACUGAAGCUCUUCAGAAAAGCAAAGAUAAUUUGGCAAAAAUUCUUAUAAAUGUCAAGGACAAGCUAAAAGAAGCCCAGAAGCGAGUGGCUGAGAGUGUACGUAUUGCCGAAGAUGCUCUUGUGGAAAAAGAUGCUGCUCUUCUACGAGAGAAGCACGUGAUGAAUGAAGUGCAUCGCUUAGAGAGCACUGUGUCAUCAUUUACGGAGGAGGCUGGAAAAAAGACUCAAGCAGAAGUGUCCAAGAUAAAGGAUGACUAUAACACAAGCAUCAAAAAUAUGUCCCAAGAAGUCAUGGAUCUGGAGAUGGUGAGCCCUUUAAAAGAGAAGCAGCUCGAGUGUGACCGAACCCUUAGAGAACUGAAGAAGGCAACAAACGAGGCUGAACAACUCCAAGGCGAGUUGAAUCGUAAAAAGGAGCAGCAUCACCAAGACAUACUCCACUUUCAAGAACGGAUAAAUGCUCUUGAGAUUAAAGUCAUGCUCCUAUCUGCAGAAAGGGAUAAUAUAUCCACAGCAGGUCUACAAAAUAUCCAGGAAAGUGAGCAGCAGAGAGAAGAACUUUUAACUAGGAUCCAUGAGCUGGAGGACCGAGUAAUAGCCUUGCGAGAAGAAUGCGUUGCCAUCAGAAUCGAGUAUGAAGAGGCGAAGAGAAAUCAUAAUUAUGUCUCAUCCCUACUGGAGAAGGUCAAAGAAGAAAGUCAAAGUAGUGAGAAAUUUUUGAAAAGUCAGCUAAGAAUGAAAACAGAGGAGAUAGAGGAGCUCUCAGCCAUUAAUGAGGCUCGCCUGGAUGCUACAGAGACUUCCCAUAGAGAUGUUGUGGCAAAACUCUAUGAGAAUAAUACAGCUAUUCAGGCAAAUUAUUCAAAGCUAGAGUCUCAUGUUUCUGCCCAGAAGUUGGAAUAUGAAGAGAGAAUAUCAGAUUUAACUCGUCGCUUACAAGAACUUCAAGAAAAAAAUCGGCAGCUUACAAAUUCCUUGCAUGAAGCCAACACCAGUUUAUCUGUUACCAAGGAUGUUGCUUCUCAGUACAAAGACAGGAUAGGUGAAGUAGAAGACCGCCUUCAUGCAGCAGAAAUUAGAUUUACUACACUUAGACAGAAAAAUAAAUCAACUAGUGGAGUAUUUGGCACCUGACAUUUCACUCUGUUUAUUUUGUAAGCAGUAUGAAUUUUUUUUAUAUAAUUGUUGCUCUGAAUGUACAGUAAUUCUUUUUUACUGGCUUCAUGUUAAAUUGUCCUUAUACCUAGAUGAAACAUCACUAAAGUAUGUUUUCUGGCAUCUCGUGAAAGGUAUAGACAGUUAUAUGAAUAAAUUUUUUAGAAAACUGACUAGUUGAUAAAUGAGACAUUUGGGUAUCUUAAUUCUGGAAAUGUUUUGCCAGUCAGUGGCUUAUUCAGUCCAAUGCAGCUUAUCUGAGUAAGCUGAGUUCAUGAUGGACCCUGGUAUCAAUAAGAUAGUUCUACAUGACAGAUAGUGAAAGGGUAAAGGAUAGGGGAGUCUUGGAGCAAUAAAUAAACCUUGACUCCCAGUGUACUUUUCUCUUGCUGGUUGGUGCAAGUUCUACACAGCAUCUGAUAAAACAUUAUCUCACAGCCACCCUCAGAAAUACAGUGGUACCUCGAGUUUCAGACAGCUUUCAACUCGAACAAUUAUGUGAGUGUAUUUUUGUAAGUGCUCUUGUAAAUGUAUUUUUGGGGGUCUGAAACGACUAAUAUAAUUUACAUUAUUCCUUAUGGGAACAAAUUCGUUUGGUAACGGCACUCAAAGAGCCUUCUGGAACAAAUUUAAGUUUGUAACUUGAGGUACCACUGUAAUUCCUCCAGUUCUGGAGGGAAUUUUUGGCAGUAGUUUGAUCGGUAGAUGCACUUUCACUAGUAAAUUUAAUAUUAUACAGCCAGUUGCACACUUUAAAUUUGUACUACCGGCCAAAACUAAGCACGCACACUUGUUCAGGCUUUUGUACUUCAUCAAAGUACAGUGCCUGCACUCUGAAGGGGGGAUGGAGAUAUGUUGCAGUUUUUAAACUGUAAUGUUAGCACGCCUCUGGCAAGACAGUAAAUGACGAUGCAAAUGUUUCUUCUUUUUUGGGUCAUCCUGCCUUGGUGGGAAAUGGCCGAUAUGUACUUUCUCCCUUAUCAUGAGGAAAUUUAGUGGUGUACCUUUCCUGGUUUUCUGUUUGAUCCACUCGGUAUUUUUUCAUCUCACUUAGCUGUUGUAAUUUGUAUGUCAUUCUUUUCAGGUUGUUACAACUUAUUCUCUGUUAAUCAUCUGAAUUGUUGGUUCAUGGAGGAAAGCUAAACCCUUGGGGGUAAUACAGCACCUGGGAAAUGAUUGACAAUCAGGUUUGAUCCAACAAAAAAUUAUAAUUCUAGUUCCUUGGAUCAAGAACCCCUCACCGACAUCAAAGCACCUCGUUUGAUGGGACUCGGUUUAUGUAUCGUCCAUGUAGUACCCAUGACAUACUAUUAAAUUAACAGUAUUCAGCUGAUGACUAAUACUGUAAUUAAAAAAUUAGAGAUGCUUAUUGAAUAAAAUAUUAUACACAGGUCAGAGAAACAAAAUUUAUUGCAGCCAUUUAUUAUCUUCCUUAACUUCUGAACAAAAAGCCAUAUAUAAAUAGUUUAGCAAAAACUUGCAUGCUGCACAUUUGAACAAGGCUCCUAUGCUUCUCCUAGUGGUUAUUGUGCUACAUGCAAACUCUUCAAAUUACACAAUGCCACAAAGUUUUGAUACUCAGCAUAUUAUUACCCAAGAUUUUUUGGAUCAAAAUGUUUUGUAGCAAACUUCUGCCACACUCGCAAAAAAAAAAAAAAUUAAAUACUGAAUAUUUAAAGAAAGUCGUGUUUGUUAUAUAUUUCCACACUAAAAUAGUAUAUCUAUGUGUGUGUGUGUGUGUGUUUACUGACGUGUCACUUCACUGGUUCUCACGCAGAGAGCGAGUAGGUCAUCUGAAGGAAUUUGAGUUUCUCAGAUGUAGCAUUUGACCAUUCUCCAGGAAGCAACCCACAACAGUCAACUAACACCCAGGAACCUACUUACUGCUAGGUAAACAGAGAGAACGAGUAUGAGGAGACUUGCCUGUAUAUCUUGCCCUGCCCAGGAUAUGAACCCGAGAUCAGUUGGUUGUGGGCUGACUGUGCUGAUCACUGCACUACCGGUGUGUUUAUAUAUAUAUAUAUAUAUGUCAUGCCGAAUACAUAAAAUUUGCAAUUAUGACUUAAAUAGCAAAGCACUUAUUGCCGAAUAGGGGAAGCAAAAAUUUGCAUAUGCAAUGGCUUUGCAAAAAUCAUUCUGAACCUAAACGAAAAAAAAUAUAUUUCAUUGUGUUUGUUUAUUAUUAAAUUAUUAUAAACUGGUAUAAAAUAUAUUUAGUUGGAUUAGGCUUAAUUAAAUUGUCCUUGUUAUAAUAAGGUUAAGUAAGUUUCCUAAGGUUCUUUUGGUACAAAAUCAUUAAUUUUCAUAUUAACAUAAAUUAAAAAAAUAUAUCUUUAAAUGUAUAAAAGAACUCUUUAGAAAGGACUUAAUUUUAAAUGAGUUAGUGCUAAUUGACCAGUUUUACCUAUUCGACAAGUUAUAUAUAUAUAAUGCUUGUAUGUACAGUAUAUUUAUGUAUAUAUGUACAUGUGUAUCAAUAUAUACUUAUUUAUUUAACAUGUAAUUUAUUUAAAAUACUUAUAUAAAAAUUUGGAGGCAAUUUUUAUAUAUGUAUCAUAAUCAUUAUUUUACAUAAUCUGUAAAGUUCUAAAACACAACAUUUUAAAGGAUAUAUGUACAGUAUAUGGUUGUAACUUCACUGUUUUAAAUUAUAAGACUAGUCAGCAUCACCUAACUAUGGAAGUGAUACCACAGGCAAAGUAGGAGGAAUUGUCUCUCCACUGACAAUUGUACAUUUUGGCCCCAAUCGCUCUGUAGCACUCCUAAGCAUUCUACCAUACACACAUACUUGUGGAUUAUUUCCACAUUCUCCUGCUAUUUGUUUUCCUGUGCUUGAAAUUUUCAUUGCCUUAUAUAGCUUGUGUAAAGUGUACUUCUCCAAAGUCAGGAAAGAGAAAAGUAAUUGUGUAUAGUGUAAAUUCAUAUACUAUAACUUUUUUAGCCUUUUGCAUAUACUUUCUUUAAAAUAUAUCAGUGUUGUAUGACCCUUUCAGGUUUAGUACUUAGUUUGAUUACGUAUACUAUUAUCUUUAAAGUAUGGGUUAUAUUUGUUUUUCACAUAAUACUGGAUACUAAAUAACGCACUAUUGCUGUAUUAACAAUUCAGUGUUAGCACUUUCUUAUGAAUAUAAUAAUAAAUAACUUGCCUUUUUUUUAUUCACAUACUGUAUAGGAAUGUUCUUAAUUCUAGUGGAAGAAUGCAACAUUUGUCUAAAAUGACCAGUAGAUUUUUCCCCACUCAUUGUACAUACAUCUAAAAUGUUGGAUAUUUUACGAAGAAAAGGCAUACAUAUUCAGUAUUUCUCGCCUAAAUUUGAAUGUAUUGAUCUAUACACAGUCAAGCACUGUUAAUUCAGGUUGAUUCUAGUAGGAGGCAUUCUGAACUCAAAGUAAAUCCAUCCUAAGCAACCUAAAAAAAAACCUCUGGAAAACAUUAACCCGUAAACAGGGAGCCUUGUAUAUACUGUAUACUAUACAUUGUAUAUAGAAUUGAUGAAGGAAAAAAGGUGAGUGGUGUGUUGAGGUAUCUGUGGAGAAAAAAAAAAAGUUAUCUAUGAAGGAAAUGUAAGGGAGUAUAGUGGUACCAACAUUCUUAUAUGAGUGUGAAGCAUGGGUUGUAAAUGCUGCAGCGAGGAGGCAGCUGGAGGCAGUGGAGAUGUCCUGUCUAAGGGCAAUAUAUGGUGUAAAUAUUAUGCAAAGAAUUCAUAGUGUGGAAAUUAGGUGUGGAGUUACUAAAAGUAUUAGUCAUAGGGCUGAAGAGUGGCUGUUGAGGUGGUUUGUUCAUU